AUAUGUAAUUGAUAAAAAGUUACUUUAGGAGUGAAAAAAAAGCUGUCACGCAACUGAUUUUUUAAUAGUGUUGAAGAAAAAUCGAGAACUUCAAUAAAUAAUUCCAAAACUACUCAAGUAACAUAAGUAAGUCCAAUAGGUUUAAGGACGUUCAUAGAUCAUCACGAAACCAAUAUAAGGUUUUAUGACAGUCUUCAGAACGUUCUCACGUCUAAUUGGUUUUAAAAUGUUGCUUGAAACCGCUUGUUGAAGUUCAGCUAUAAAAAAAGUGUGAUAUAAUGCAUAUCAGGGGAAAAAAUCGAUCGUACCAGAGUCAGAAAAGCGUUUUCAGGAAAAAUAUCUACAAAUGAUUGUUUAUCAAGUGCCUGUCCAUACACUAUAAUAAAACCGCAGUCGAUCAAUCGUCGAUUAGGAUUGCGAAAAAGAACCACUCGUUGCCGUAGCCAGUUCCAGCAAUAAGUUGAUAAUAGGGACGACCAACGACCACAUUGCCUGCCUUGGUGGGUGCAUUCACGUGGAUAAAUCAUUUUCGCGCGCAAGCUCACACGAGCCAUUGAACAUUCUGGAGAGACGUCUGUCUAGGAGCAAGUUUCAUCCGAGUGAAAUAAAAACGUGUAGUACUGAGUGGUCAUUAAUCUGAGAAAAUUAUUAUUUUCACCAUCCGGCUGAUUGCCAAUUGACGCGCACUUCACCCAAUCUGGCCCUCUCCGUUCUGAACCAGUUGUCGUUGUCGUCGUCGGCGCGGGGUGCUAGAAAACGUCUGUCUUUAGUGGCGCAGUGUGUCUCUGGGUCUGCCUGCGGUGUGUAAUUGUGACUCACUAGGUACCUGUUGGCCGGUUGGUGGUGAGGUGUGAAGGAGAGGUGUUCUCAGUUCGAAAAAAAAAACUACUUUCGAGAACAAGUGUAACACUUGCUCUUGCAAUUUUUCCUCUGAGCAAUGGCAAUGGACAUCUGUCGCCUCUGUAUGGAGGCCAGCAACCUCAACCAAUCGAUGGCUGAUGAAACCAUCCAGGUGAUGGUAGAAGACUGCAUUCAAAUCAAAUUGGAUGUCCCAAACGAGCUGCUUCCGCUGGAUAUUUGCGACGACUGCUACUACAGAGUGAAAGAUUUCUUCGAAUUCAAAGAAAACUGCCAUACCAUUCAGGAAAUGCUACGAAAGGAGAUCGAAGACAAUCGACGCGAACAGGAGGAGAACAGUGAUUCAUGUACAGCGAAUUUACUAGGGGAUGACAUACAAUACUCGGACUACAUCGAGGACAGUUUAAUCUUCGGUGAAAUAUCGACUGAUGACUUGAUAAGUGAUUUGCAAAACAGUUGCACCAGUAGUAGUGAUAACGAAAUAGACAAAAUUGCAAACGAAAUUCUAAAUCAAAGCGAUUUUAUUCUCAAUAGUGACAGUAAUAAUAACACUAAUAAUGAAAAUACCAUUCCUGAAACCACAAACAUUAUCGUGGAUGAAGAUAGUGAAAUGACUAAUGGGAACUUGCUAAUCGUGAUAAAUGGCUACAUUGGUAGUGAUGGUAAUAUUUACGAAGAUCCCGUGAUACACCAAACUGAGGUGGAAACCGCCAAGACUGACAGCCAACCCGAAAGUAAGAAACGCAUGGUCAAACGCAGCUACAGGCGUGAGUAUACUUCGGCUUUGCUGACGUGCGAGAUGUGUGGGAAAAUGGUCCACAAGACGUUACUGCCCGGGCAUCUGAACAUGCAUAAUGGCGUCAAACCGUACGUUUGUCCCCGAGUGGGCUGCAAAUCUGCCUUCCACUGCAAGCACAAGCUGAAACGGCACCUCGGAUACAAGCACACCGAUGGGCGAUUUCCGUGCCAGGAAUGUGACAAGAUCUUUAACUCGAACCUUGCCCUGUACCAUCACCAGUUUGCGACGCACCAACUGCGGGACAAGGCGUGCACGGAGUGUGACAAGAAGUUCCGAACCACCCAUGGUCUCAACCGACAUAUGCACACGCACAAUACGGAGAAAAGGUUCAAGUGUUCGCACUGUCCGAUGACCUUUACGAAAAGCUCCCAGUGCGAGAAUCACAUCCGAGUGCAUACAACGGACCGACCGUUCGUGUGUUCGAAAUGUAACGCCGACUACAGUUACCGGCGACUGCUGGUGAAUCACAUCAAACGGAAACACCCGGGAUCGGAAGCCAUACUAAGGGAAAUCGAGUGUGCUGCCUAAUUUAAUGAGAUUCGGAGAAUAUACAUUAUUAGUGAAUAAAAAAGAAACAAAAAGAAUCGAUGAUCAUUUGAUAGAUAUCACACCCGUUUGGACAGUAAAACACAAAUUUCGAUUAAAAUUUAUACUUUUAUUCUAAACAGAC